AUGAGACAUGUUUGUAAGGUUUGGAAUUUGUUAUUGACUGGACAGGGUUCUGAAAGCUCUUCCGAUAUUGCUUCCCUUCAUCAAAGUAUAUCAAAAACAAUUAAGGAAGUAUUGAAGAAUGAUAAUUUUCGUGAAAGAGUUGAAAAAGUCUAUUUACCUCGAUUGUAUUAUCAAAUAUUUCUUGAUUUCUUGCCCAGAGAUGAACCAUUGGACAGUUUAAUGAUUCCUAUCAUGAAUGCUUUUAAAAACAAAUUUGGUGAUGAGGCAGUUAGAAGAAUUUCUAGAGUAGAAUUUGAAGUUGAUUUCAUGAUGGAAAACCAUCAAGUUCUGGAGAAUGUAGAACAUACAGUGGAUAAGACAAUAAUAUUAUCAAAUGAAAGAUCCGAUGAAGAAUUUAAAAGUAUUGAAAAUCCAAACAAGUUAUUCCAUGUAGACUUCGAAAAGAAGAACAAUCCAGAAGAAUUCUUUGCCAAGUACAAACCACUGGAUGAGAUAUUCGGAGAAUGGAAAAAUCGACCAUUCAUAGAUAAUGAUAUGCUUGUUAAUCCUUACAGAUUAUAUAGAAAAGUAAUUCUUCAGUUUAAAGUUUAUAGUGAGGAGUUUUUCUCUAAGGGAGUUUUAAGAUUACCAAGUACAGAAAUAUCAAUUGGGGAUUCGAGUAAUAUUUAUGAAGAAACUGAUGUUGCACUUAAAAGUUGCUUAAUUCGUAAUUAUUCAUACCAAGAAACAACAGUGUACAAGUUUAAACCUAUUGAUCCUAGGAAAGAUAUGGAAAAAUUGAUGGAGUAUACUAUUUACUACUUUUUAAAACAUAGAUUACUGAGAAGAAUGGAUAAAAUUAAUUUGAGUUUGAAAGAAUUAUUGGAAGAUAGUAAGAUUAAUUACCUAACUCAAUUAAAUAGGGAGGAUCAAUAUUACUUUCUGACAAUGAGAGAAUCUAUGUUGAAGAAGUGUAGAGAUUCAUUAAUAUCUGAUGUUCGACAUUUCAAUGGUCCUAUUUCAGAAAAGAUAAAUGCCUCUAACGCUUGGACUACUGUUGGUCAUCGAAUAGAACAUUACCUUUCUUUAACCUGCUUAGAUACAAUGAACAAUUAUCAAAGAGUCAACUUUCUCAAACAAUUUUUCAACUUUAUGUACAAGGAAAAACUCAACAUUUCGGAGAAAGUGAGGAAAGAAGUUUUCAAGAAAUUUGGAAUUGAUCAUAUUGGGAAAUCUUUCACAUUCACUGAGACACCAAACAGCCUUAAUUUAACUGAUAUUGUAAUGAGCUUUGAGAAAGAAUUCGAUCACGACAAGAAUACCGUUUAUUGUCACGAAUUCAUCUUCCCUUCUUUUCCUAUAAUGUCCAUAUGUGAUGUUAAAGAAACUACUCCGUUCAAUACAAGCAAAAAGACAACAAACGAUUACAGUUCUAGGUGCUGCUGCUCAAACCUAUUUCAAUGUUGCAGAGCACUUUAUGGUGUAAUGUUUCACCCUGACAGAUUUGAAGAUUAA